CAAGCGACGACCUCACCUAACAGCACAUUCAAUGCUGCAACUCGUCACCCCAAUGCGACAGUCCCAGCAAUAGCAAAAGUUCGAAGAUGCCUCCACGGCCAGGUCUGGGGAAGCGGCCAAGCUCGAACAGUAAAGACGUCUCACCACCGCCAUCGAAGCGGCGACAGCAGUCGACAACGACAAGCAAAGCAGUCGCAAACUUCUUCACCCCUACAUCUAGGAAAGAGCCCGAGAAGAUGACCUGGCGGGUUGUCAAAGAUAGCCUUCUUGUUGGCCGAUACAGUGCUUCGACUACUACACAGGGCGUUACGGAAGGAAAGAGGAGGGUAGCGGCGUUCGAUUUUGAUUCAACGUUAAUUAAGCCCGCUUCUGGGAAAACUUUCGGUCGGGACGCCACUGAUUGGAAGUGGUGGGAUAGCAGUGUCCCUGGAAAACUGAAAGAGCUCCAUGAACAAGGCUUUCUCAUCGCCAUUGUGAGUAAUCAGGGUGGAAUCAGUCUCAAGCCAGACCCGAAGACUGUCAAGUCUGACCAAAAGCGACUGGCGGACUUCAAGGGCAAAGUCUCAGCAGUUCUCAAUCAGCUCGACUUGCCAAUCUACGUGUAUGCUGCAACAGCUCGAGAUCAGUACCGGAAACCUCGGACUGGGAUGUGGCAAGAGCUAGUCGAGGACUACGACCUAGACAGCGCGAGUUCUGUCGAUCUAGAAAACUCUCUUUUUGUUGGGGAUGCUGGAGGUCGCGAUGCAGGUGCGGGAGGGGCCGGAAAGGAUCACUCAUGUGUCGACAGAGAUUUCGCGGCCAACGUCGGUUUGCCAUUUCAUACUCCCGAGGAAUAUUUUCUUCACGAGGACCCAAGGCCUUUCGUGAGAAGCUUCGACCCAAUCACGUACAUUCAGAAGCAGGCUGAUAAGCCAAAAUCUGCAUGUACGUUUGGGGGAUCAUCAGCUGUGACUAUCACAAAGCCCGACACUUCCGACAUCGUUCUAUUUUGCGGUAGCCCUGGAUCUGGCAAGUCGUCAUUCUAUUGGAAACAUCUGCAGCCACUCGGCUAUAGACGUGUGAACCAAGAUAACUUGAAGACUCGAGAAAAGUGCGUGAAAGCAGCUACGGUCCUCAUUGAUGAGGGUAUCCCAGUAGUCGUCGACAAUACGAACGCCGAUCUAGAGACACGAGCAGUGUGGAUCGCGUUAGCACGGAAGCUGAGCAUUCCUAUCCGAUGUGUACUCUUCACCGCAUCAGCAAAGCUCUGCGAGCACAACGACACGGUUCGCGCGUUGAAUAUUGGCCCAGAAACGAACCCUGAGAGCCGGAGUAUCCUACCGAAGCUCGCGUUCAAUGGCUUCGCCUCCAGAUAUCGCGAGCCUAGCGUACCAGAAGGAUUCGAAGAUAUCAUCAAAGUAGACUUCGAGUUUGAGGGCCCAGAAGAGCAGAAGAAGCUAUGGAGCAAAUAUUGGGUUUGAUUCGAAGAGACUUCCGCCAAGGGGGACAAGCUGGGAUCUCCCUAGAGGCAAAGUAUCGACGAUUACAAUGCUUUUCUUCGACUUGCCGUGUUCGAUGCAGCCCAUCUGUCCAGGCGAUCGCGAUUGGCGAAAAAACCUCUGCAAGCUACUGCUGGAUCGUAGCGAGUAUAUGCUCGCAGCUCUAGUCUCAGCCCUCAGCUUACUGAACACAUGGCUACCGAUCUUUUGACCCCGCACUUUACAUGUAAUCUUUGCUUACUCGGUGUUCUACUGUCAUCGUCUUCCCCUAAGCAUGCUGGCGGAUUGACCUAUGUGAGCAGCGUCCACGGCAAUAUUCUACCGGUAUGGGUAGAACCAUGGACUGCGAUUUUCUAGUCCGGCCCACUAUUCCCAC